UUUCCUUUGUGCGGCAUUUUCCAAAAUUUAAUCUUUUGUUUUGCUUACCAAAUACCCAAUGAUCCAAUGUGAACGACGACCACUUCACACACACACGAGAACCCUAUCACUCUCACUUCUCAGAGGGGAAAUAUAGAACCUUUUGCACUACCCUUUAUUCGAUUUGUGUUUGUUGAUCAGAAAGGCAAAGAAACCAUGGAAGAGGCACCAUCAAUGGAAAUGGAUACUGAUUCACAGGAGGAUCAGAACAUUGCUCCUGAUGUUCUACCAUUUGCUAGAAGCUAUCAGCUUGAAGCUUUGUACAAAGCUAUCCAUGAGAAUACCAUAGUGUACUUGGAGACUGGUUCAGGCAAGACUUUGAUAGCUAUCAUGCUUCUUCGCAGCUAUGCUCAUCAACUGCGAAAGCCUUCUCCUUACAUUGCAGUGUUCUUGGUUCCCCAAGUUGUGUUGGUCUCUCAACAAGCGGAAGCCGUGAAAAGACAUACUGAUUUGAAAGUGGGAAUGUAUUGGGGAGAUAUGGGAGUUGACUUCUGGGAUGCUGCUACCUGGAAACAAGAAAUGGAAAAACAUGAGGUGCUUGUCAUGACUCCUGCAAUAUUGCUGAGCUGCUUGAGGCAUAGCUUCUUCAAACUGAAUAUGAUUAAUGUCUUAAUAAUGGAUGAAUGCCAUCAUGCUAGGGGUAAACACCCUUAUGCCUGCAUCAUGACUGAAUUUUAUCAUCAUCAAUUAAAAUCUGGUAUCUCUGACCUCCCUCGAAUUUUUGGGAUGACUGCAUCUCCUAUUAAGUCGAAAGUUGGAAAAUCUGAAUCAUCCUGGUCAGAGAAUAUUCAGAAACUAAUGAUUCUAAUGCAUUCAAAGGUAUAUACAUGUGUAAGUGAAGCUGUCAUCACAGAGUUCAUACCAACAUCAACACCAAAAUUCAAGUUUUACAGCAACAAUGGAAUUCAAUUUGUAUUAUUUGAAGAAUUAGCAUCUAAACUCAAGAUGUUAAAAGAGCAGCAUGAACUCACUCUAAGAAGUUCAGAUUUCACUAAAUCAAUUGCUGAGUCUGCACAAAAAAGAAUAACAAAGAUUUUUUGUUCUUUAAUGUUUUGCCUGGAUGAGCUUGGUGUUUGGUUGGCUUUGAAGGCUGCAGAGUCUUUAUCUUCCAAUGAAAUAGAGUCAUUUUCAUGGGGACACUCUGGGGAUAGAGUUGUCAAAGACUUUAUUUUGGAAGGUGUACAUGCACUUAAAAGUUACUUGCAAUGUGAUCCUCAGUGGUCUAUUGGUGACAAUAUUAAAUCUGAUGUGAAGAUGGGUCUGUUGACCUCCAAAGUUUGCUGUCUUGUUGACUCUCUACUCGAGUACAGGGGUUUGACUGACAUGAGAUGCAUAAUAUUUGUGGAAAGGAUCAUUACAGCCAUUGUCCUUGAGGAUCUAUUGAAUACCUUGCUUCCAAAAUACAACAGCUGGAAGACUAAAUUCAUUGCAGGAUACAAUUUUGGAUUGCAAAAUCAGUCAAGGACAAAACAAAAUGAAAUCGUGAAUGAAUUUCGAAUGGGAUUGGUUAACAUCAUUGUUGCAACAUCAAUUCUUGAAGAGGGUUUAGAUGUUCAAAGAUGCAAUUUAGUUAUUAGAUUUGAUCCAUGUCCCACAGUGUGCAGUUUCAUACAGUCCCGAGGACGUGCCAGAAUGAGAAAUUCAGAUUACAUAUUAAUGGUUAAGAGUGGGGAUUCAGUUACGUGUUCUCGACUAGAGAAAUACCUUGCUAGUGCAGAUAUUAUGAGGAAGGAGUCAUUGCGUCAUUCUUCCCUUCCAUGUGAUCCUUUUGAAGGUGAUGAAUUUGAUAAGGAAGCUUAUCACGUAUCAAGCACAGGAGCCAUUGCAAAUCUUAGUUCUAGCAUUAGUUUGAUAUACUUAUAUUGCUCGCGCCUCCCUGCAGAUGGGUACUUUAAACCAGCUCCAAGGUGGGACAAAGAGACUGGAACACUGUAUCUUCCCAAGAGUUGCCCUCUACAGCCUAUUUGUGUAGAAGGUAACAAAAAACACUUAAAGAAUAUCGCAUGCCUUGAAGCAUGCAAACAACUUCAUAAAAUUGGAGCUCUGACAGAUAAUCUUGUUCCUGAUAUUGUCAUUGAAGAAGCAGAGGUGGAGGAAUUUGGGAAUGAACCUUAUGAUGAAAACCAACCAACUUUUGUCCCAUUUGGAUUGGUAAAUUCUGUGUCAAAUAAUAGCCACACGAUAUACCAUUGUUACUUGAUGGAACUCAGUCAAAAUUUUAGCUAUGAUAUCUCUGUGCAAGAUAUUUUUCUUGCCAUAAGAAUUGAGCUUGAUCCAGAAAUUGGAUGCACACAAUUUGAUAUGGGUUUUGACAGAGGUAGCGUGUCACUAAAGUUAAGAUACAAAGGAACGAUUAAUCUUUCGCCAAACCUGGUUCUUUUGUGUAAAAAGUUCCAGGUCACUUUGCUUGGAAGUAUCAUAGAUCAUAGCAUGAAUAAGUUGGCAACUAGUUUAGACAAAUGCUAUUUGGAAGACAAUGUUGAGAUUGAUUAUCUGCUGCUUCCAGCUAUUGGUAAAGGGGAAAAAUCACAUGUAAACUGGUUAGCUAUCAAAUCUGUAGAACCAUCUAGUUUUACGUGUAAGUAUCAUCAACCCCACAUAGAGACAAAAAGUGGUCUAGUUUGCACUUGUAAACUACAAGAUGCGUUGGUUUGUACUUCCCAUCCUGGUGGUAAGAUUUAUUUCUAUAUCACCACUGGUAUAAUGGAGUUGCAUGGAAACUCACCUAUGGAACUAAGGGGUGGUGAAGUUACUACAUACAAGAAAUACUAUGAACAACACCAUGGCAUUCAACUACAAUUUGAAAAUCAAUGGCUACUCAAAGCAAGACACCAUUUUAAAGUUAAAAAUUACUGUCAUGGACAAAAACAAGGGAAGGAUGGAGAAGCAAGCAAGGCCUUUGUUGAGUUACCUCCUGAACUGUGCUCUAUAGUCAUGUCACCGAUAAAAGAUAGUAUCAUUUAUACCUUCUCAUUUAUUCCAUCAAUCAUGCAUCGGCUGGAAUCAUUACUUGGAGCUUUCAACUUAAAGAAGAUGCAUUUGGAUCAUUGCACACAAAAUGAAAUUCAAACAAUCAAGGUCUUGGAAGCAAUAACUACUAAAAGAUGCAAUGAGGCCUUUCAUUAUGAGUCUCUAGAGACUCUUGGAGAUUCUUUUUUAAAAUAUGCUGCCAGUCAACAGCUUUUUAAAACAUAUAAAAAUCACCAUGAAGGUCUCCUUAGUGUGAAGAGGGAAAAGAUCAUUUCUAAUGCUGCCCUCUGUAAGUUAGGGUGCAGUUCUGGACUUCCGGGCUUCAUACGAAAUGAGCCUUUUGAUCCUCAUGCCUGGACCAUUCCUGGGGAUAAACCUGAAAGUUUAAAAUUAGAAGAGCUGGUUAUCAAGGGGAAAAAAAUUUAUGUUCACGGAAAAAGAAAAUUAAAUCGCAAGAUUAUUGCUGAUGUUGUUGAGGCACUAAUUGGUGCCUUCCUCAGUACUGGUGGCGAAAUAUCUGCAUUGCUGUUUAUGGAUUGGGUUGGUAUUAAAGUCAGUUUUGAUAAAAUACCCUAUGAGAGGCACUUUGACAUUCAACCUGAGAAACUGUUAAAUGUCAGAUUCCUAGAAUCACAAUUAAAAUACUCAUUCCAUGACCAUUCUCUUUUAGUGGAAGCCCUAACCCAUGGUUCGUACAUGCUGCCUGAAGUUCCUAGAUGUUAUCAGCGACUAGAAUUUCUUGGAGAUUCAGUUUUGGAUUAUCUGAUUACUUGGCAUUUGUACAAUGAAUAUCCUGGCAUGUCACCUGGGCAGUUGACUGACAUGAGGGCAGCUUCUGUGAAUAAUGAUUGUUAUGCAUGGUCUGCCAUUAAGCAUGGGUUGCACAAACAUGUACUCCAUGCCUCACAAGAACUGCAUAAGCACAUUGCUGUCACACUUAACAAUUUUGAUAAGUUGUCUUCAUCAUCAACUUUUGGAUACGAGUCAGAGGCAUCACCCCCUAAGGUACUUGGAGACAUUAUAGAGUCUCUGGCUGGAGCGAUUCUUGUUGACUCAGGAUUCAAUAAGGAGGUUGUGUGGCAAAGCAUAAGGCCACUUUUGGAACCCCUUGUGACACCAGAAACAUUGAAGCUCCAUCCCAUCCGAGAGUUGAAUGAACUAUGCCAGAAAAGAAGUUAUAAGAUUGUACUAGAGGACGUGUCUCGCAAAGAUGGUGUUACUAAUUAUAGAAUGAAGGUAGAAGCUGAUGGGGUCAUUCACGAGUAUGAGUAUACCGGCCCUGCUCUUAGGGACACAGCCAAGAAGAUAGCCUGCAAGGAAAUUUUGAAUUCCUUGAAGGAAGAUUUAUAGGGUACACAAGGGCUAACCGGUCAUUGUAGGCUUGUAAUACUUGUUAAUAUUUCUUUAGUCCUUGUUUUGUGUAAUGGUUAUAAUAUUAAGGCUUAAAUAUGUUUAUAGUCCCUCAAAUUUACGACAACCAAUUGUAUAUAUUAUUUAAAGAUAUCAUUAAAAUAUAUCAUUUAAAGCAAGCAUUUGGUUCU